AUGACACCAAGUGAACAAGAUCAAAAGGAACAUGGAAAGGUAUACCAAAACAGAAUUGUUUACUCCUUGCCAGUACAUCUAGGAUUGUGGAAUGAAGAAUUAGCAUUACGUGAAGAGAAAAACCUUAUAGCUACCUAUAAAAGGGAGCACUGUCAAUUGCUCAUCCAAAAAACUAGAAAAAUGUUCAGAAACGUGCUGAAACCCACAAUAUUAGCCAUUGAAGCUCCAUAUGUGUUAUACGGACAAAAUUAUCAGUUCAAAACUUGCGAUCUAACAACAGACAAAGACUCAUCGGGAUUUUAUUUAUCAGGAGUGAUUAACGAGAGAAAUAUAGAUACUGUGCAGCAUUUCGAACAUGGCUGCACGUUAUCUGGAUCACCUGUGAAAGAACCAUGUGUACGCAAUACUUUCAAGCUGAUGGGAUGCCAAACGAAUAAUAAAGAGGGGCAACAAGUAUUCUACGGUGACGAUGUUUUGUUACAAAUUGCUGAAAGUAGUGGACCACCAUUAUAUGUUCAGUGUCCAAAUUCCACUAUAGAUACUUUUGGCGGUCAUUUGUCUUUGAGAUUGUCUCAAUUUCCCGAUAUUUACUGCAGGUUCAAGAUAAUCCACUGGAAUCCUCAGAAACGUUAUGAAACGACAGGUACGACGUUCAAACCAGAUACAAGAGUCAUAAUUCAGCACACUGCGUCAGGCAGAAAUUUAGCAAUAGAAUCAGCCCAAUUGAUUCCAUCUUUUUAUGGCCCUGAGUGUAUAGUCAGUUGCCAUACAUACAGGGAUUCGCACAAAAUGGAAACUGCCGAAAAUUUCUGGAAAAUAGUCAGCAGACCCAUAUCCGAUACAGCAUUGUACGUCAGAGCAGCAAAGGGAGAAGAUAUUCCUAUGGAAUUUUUCGAAUGA